AUGGCCGCCGCCCCCUCCCACUACAGCGAGAACCGGGGCGCAGCAGACGUGUCCACACUCCCCACACGUGCCGGCCCGGGGCUCUGUAGUCUCGCAGGUGCGCCGAGCGCGGCGCCGGCGCGCAGCCAAGAGGAGCACGCGCACGCGGGGCAGAGAAGGAGGGGUCCGCCGCGCAGGCGCGCGCGCGCGCCGCGGCUUUUCCCGGGCCCGCUGGGGGCGCGCGCUGCGUCCCCUGCAAAGCGCGAGCCGGGGCGGGGGCGCCGGAGCGGAGGAAACAAAAGGCGAAGGCGGCGGCGGCGGGGCGCGCACGGGGGCGGUGGCGCGGGCCGGGUCCUGGAGCCUGGAGGGCGGUGGCGGCGGCGGCGGCGGCGGCUGGAGCGGGCGGGCAGCGGCGGCGGCAGAGUAGGCCCUUCCCCAGGCCGGGAGAAGGCGGCGGCGGAGCGGCGGCUCUGCGGCCCCGGGCUCCGUGUGUUCGGAGCGGAGGAAAGAUGGCAGCGGCUGCACUUCCUCUUGCACUUUCACCCCUGGGGGGAGGAGAAGGAGGGGGCGAUACCAACAACACCCCCCCCCUCGCUUGCAGAAAAAAAAGAAACGGCGAGCUCAGAGUGGGGGCCCCCGGCGCCCCCGGCCUUGCACGUGCGCGCCCGGAUGCCUAGCCCAGGCCGCCCGGCGCUGCAAACUUUCCACUUUCUUUGUGCCGAGCGCCCCCCCCCUCACCAAGCCGAGGAUGCACGUCCCCCCUUCCCUAUUUAUACACCCCCCCCCACAGCUCCGCUCCCCCCGCUUCCUGCCCCCCCUCCCCAUUCCCCAGAUCCGCCAAUGCUAGAGCAGCCUGAGCCCCCGUCCGGCCCCCGCCUCCCCACCCCGCCCGCGGGGCCGGGGGCUGCAGUCUCAGCCCCCCCGGACCAAUGCAAACGAAGCGCCGAGCCAGCAAACCAGCUCCCACUGCCCCUCCCUUGCCCGCUGAGAGUGGCGGCUAGCAGGGGUGGGGGGGGCAGGAACUGAGGGGUGCGGAUCCGGGCCCCCCAGCCUGCGAAGCGCACUCGCAGGUCGAGCGGGCGUCGUCCACCCUUCGGAGCCCCGCUUUCAUGCGUGAGAUCCCCAGAAGUCGCCUGCAACCGCCUCCCUGCUUCAAACACCAGAGAGGGCCCGGGGUCUUGGCCGGAGACAGGCCGAACCUCCGGAGCUGUUUCUGCACCCGGUACAUUGACCGAUCUGAUGGGCUGCGCGCCCGGAAGAGCUGGAGAGAUGAAGCCAGCGUCCAGUUUCUCCCCCAAACCACAGCACGCCGAGCUUUGUCCCCGGGGAGCGUGAAGUCACCAGCUCCGGGAGGCGACAAUAUGAGGGCGAUGGACAGGGCAGGGACCCCCGGAAGCCCUAGCAAUCCUCAGGGAAGUGGGGGUGCCGGAGGAGUCGGGGACACCCUCGGGCCUCUCCAAGCCCGGAGCAUCCCCAGCGCCCGCAGCCCUGUGAGACGCCGGGUGCUCUGGUCAUGGGCCCUGCCGCCAGGCCUCGGCGCUUUGUCCCCGGCCCGCCCAGGGAUGCUGCCACGCUAGAGUUGUACACCAAGGUUUGUCUUCCCAGGAAGCGCUGGCGGCCGCCUUUGGGCCGCCUGGCGCAGAGCCCCAGGCUGCAGGCGCCGCGUGUGCGCGCGGGAAGUUCCCACAGUUGGAAAGAGGGAGCGAAGUAUGUGUUCCAAACUUUCCACGGUUCCAAACUGAGCGCUUCCAUUAAGAGAAGCGGUGUGCGGGGGAAAAGCAUUCUGGGUAUUAGCAUGCAAAUGAACGGGCCCGGCUUCCAACUCCGCUCGGGAUUCCCACCGCUGCGCGCAGAGCUCGUGCCCAGCCACGCGCGCCCUGAGGCUUCCGGGCGUUGCCCUGGCGGAUGAUCCGAGUUCAAAACCGACACCUCUGCCUUCUGGUUUCGUGUCCUGGUGCUUAGUCACUUGGCCUCCCUGAGAUUCAGUUAAACUGACUGUUUCUUAACCUGUACACGGGGACAGCAGCACGUGUCCUGCACACCUCCGCUCUAGGGCACAGUACAUGCCAAACUCCUGUUGGAGAGAAUGAAUGAGACUUAGAGGCUUGAAGAAAGUUCCCUGGACACGAAGCCAGGAGAUCUGUGUUCUAAGCGUAGACUCACUGUCACCUUGGGCUAGUGCCUCCUCUGAGCCACAGCUUUCUUGGGCGGAUUUUGGGAACUGGCACGUUUUAUUUUUGAGAGAGCUGCUGGGAACAUCCGCAAAGAAAGAGAAAGGGGCCGGGCGCGGUGGCUCACGCCUGUUAUCCCAGCACUUUGGGAGGCUGAGGCGGGCGGCUCACCUGAGGUCGGGAGUUCGAGACCAGUCUGACUAACACGGAGAAACUCCAUCUCUACUAAAAAUACAAAAUUAGGCCGGGUGCAGUGGCUCAUGCCUGUAAUCCCAGCACUUUGGGAGGCCGAGGGGGGUGGAUCACCUGAGGUCGGGAGUUCGAGACCUACAUGGAGAAACCCCGUCUCUACUAAAAAUACAAAAUUAGCUGGGCGUGGUGGCACAUGCCUGUAAUCCCAGCUACUAGGGAGGCUGAGGCAGGAGAAUCGCUUGAACCUGGGAGGCAGAGGUUGCGGUGAGCCGAGAUCGCGCCAUUGCACUACAGCCUCUGGGCAACAAGAGCGAAACUCCGUCUCAAAAAAUGUAUAUAUAUACAAAAUACAAAAUUAGCCAGGCGUGGUGGCACAUGCCUAUAAUCCGAGCUACUCGGGAGGCUGAGGCAGGAGAAUCGCUUGAACCCGGGAGGCGGAGUUGCGGUGAGCCGAGAUGGUGCCAUUGCACUCCAGCCUGGGCAACAAGAGCGAAACUGUCUCAAAAAAAAUAAAACGAAAAGAAAAAGAGGUUUGCUCUGAGUGUCCAGUGUAUACACACAUCGUUUCUCCAUAGUAGGUACAGAUAUUCCCAUUCUACCGUUGGAACUGGGGAAGGUGAGUGACCUGCCUAAAGCCCCACAGAUAGUGAUGGAGCCAGGAUUCAAACUGGUUAACUGCCCCUUCCUCACCAGUGGCUUCUGAAGUCUGUCACCCGUCCAUGGCUCCACUUGAACCAGAAACUGACUGUCUGCUAUGCUUAGAAAACAGGGUGCCAUGACUGGCCCCAUUCCAGCGGAUUCACCUGGUGAAGGUGGGUUCAGAAGGUGGUGCCCUGAGGAAAACAGGGAACGUGCAUCAGCCCUGUUUUGCAGAUAGGAAGCCUGAGGUUCAAGGAGCCAGGGUGGCCCAGGAUCCCAUCUUGGGGAAGUGGCCAGAGACAGUCCAGAUGCCGUUCUGAUCCCACCUGGGAGCUUUUUUCCAGAUGUCGCCUUGGCAGUGUGAUUGUGGGGGUGGGAGUAACGUCUCCACUUCAUCCAUUACUCUGAGUCUUGCCCAUCUCUCAGGCUCCUAGGAAUCCAUUAUGUAACUUCAGCAUGCUUGCAGAACAUGUCUUUUUUUUUUUUAGGUAACAUUCAAUUGACAUAAAAUUAACACUUUUAAAGUGUAUAAUUCACUAGCACCUAGUACAUUCACAAUGUUGUGCAACCAGCACCUCUGUCCAGUUGCAAAACAUUUUUAUCACCCCAAAAGAAAACUCCUUACACGUUAAGAAGUCACUUUCCAUUCCCUUCUCCCUUCAUCCCCUGGCAACCACCAAUCUGCAUUCUGUCACUAUGGAUUUACCUAUUCUGGAUAUUUUAUUUAUUUAUUUUUUGAGAUGAAGUCUCUGUCACCCAGGCUGGAGUGCAGUGGCGCGAGCUUGGCUCACUGCAAUCUUUACCUCCUGGGUUCAAGCGAUUGUCUUGCCUCAGUCUUCCAAGUAGCUGGGAUUACAGCUGCAUGCCACCAUGCCCGGCUAAUUGUUGUAUUUUUAGUAGAGAUGGGGUUUCGCCAUGUUGGCCAGACUGGUCUCGAACUCCUGACCUCAGGUGAUUUGCCCACCUCAGCCUCCCAAGGUGCUGGGAUUACAGACGUAAGCCACCAUGCCCAGCCUGGAUAUUUUAUUUAGAUGGAAUUAUACAAUACUGUAUGUGACCUUUUGAGUCUGGCUUGUUUCACUUAAUGUAAUGUUUUCAAGGUUCAUUCAUGUUGUAGCAUGUAUAAAUACUUCAUUCCUUUUUAUGACUGGCUGAAUGAUACACCAUUGUAUGGAUAUACUACCUUUAUCCAUUCAUCCAUUGAUAGCCUUUUGGUUAUUAUGGAUAGUGCAACUAUGAACAUUUGUGCACAAGUAUGUAUUUGAGUGCCUAUCUUCAGUUCUCUUGGGUGUAUAUCUAGGAGUGGAAUUGCUGGGUCAUAUGAUGGUUCUAUGUAUAACUUACUGAGGAACCACCAAACUCUUCCACAGUGACUGCACCAUUUUACAUUCCUACCACACGUCUUUUUAUAAAUAAUUUUAGUGCUGGUCAAACCUCUCAUUUUAUGAAUGAGCAUGCUGAGGCCCAGAGAGGUUAAGUAACUUGCCCAAGGUCGCACCCUUACUCAGGAUCCAGACUAAAACCAAACUUUCCUGAGUUCCUAGACUUUCAAACACUAAGAGCCUCCCGUGUCACCUUUAAAGACCUCGACUACUUGCCCGAGUUUUCACUGAUUGACUUAGAAACCUGCCUGGUGAACAACUGAGUUAGCCGUAUUUAUGAAGCUUUUUUCUCUCAACGUCUAUUGAAAGAACCACCGCCAUGUUCCGGAUUUCUAGGCCACACCUUGAAAACAUGCAGAGCUCACAAUCCCUGCAUCUGCCUCCUCCUGCUGGCCUGUCGGGCCCUCUUCUGUUGCCAUGGAAACCGUGCACCUCAGUUUUGGCAGCAGACCAGCUGGACAGCGAACUGAGAACAUCCUUGUCUCCUAGGCUAAGCAGAGCUGUCAAGGUCAUGUAUUCAUUCACUAGAUUUGUAUUUAUUGAUCACCUACUAAGCACCAGGCUUUUGUUUUAUAAGAUGCUAGGGAUACAGCAGUGAACAAGCCAGACCACAGAUCCUGCCCUCAAGGAACCCGUAGUCUAGAGGAGACAGACAAAAACCAAGGAACGAAAAAGGCUUCACCUGGCUCCUCUCCCUAGUUCACAUUCUCCCAACCUUCCAGGCUGUGCUAAAAUCCACUUCCCCUGGACCAUCCCCUGAAGAGCCCAAAUGCAGGUGAUAGCUCCUCUCAGGAUUUAAAUUACAUUUUUUGUUGUUAUUGUUUUUCCCAAUUGUAAAAGUGCUGUGUGCAUUGUGGAAAAUGUAGGAGAUACACAAAAGCACAAAGAAGAAAAAUAAAGAUCUGUAAUUUCACCACCAAGA